AUGGCCGCGGGGGCCUUGGCUGGGAAACCCGACGCUGACCAGAAGGUAGCCUGCGAGGAAGGGCGCCUCAGCCAGCUGCUCCGCUCACCCGAUUACAACCUUUUCCCCAACUCGGCUGUGUUCGAGAGCGACUUUGUGCAGGUCACGAAGAAGGGGAAAUGGCCGGACCUCACAAAUAUGCCCAUGAUUGUCUCUCUGGGGGUGACCUCUUCGGACCCCUGCCUGCCCCUGCCCAACGUGCUCCUGAUGGCCAGACACAAGGUGCUGGACAAGGGCUUUGUGGCAGGCAGCAGCGAACCCCCCGAGCUGCCCGCGACAGAGCUGACCAGGCUGCUCCCGCUCCGCUUUGUCAGGCUGUCCGUCCACCACGCUGCACAGCGAAUCCUGCGCCUUCAGACGGUGACCCGGAAAGUGUAUUACCUGCAGCUGCACCGGAGCUACUCCAGGGGCGUCUUUGGGCUGUGGAGCCGCCUGGCAGACAUCCUGCGCAGGGGCUUGUCCACCACCCCCAAGGACCCCGCAGUUGGCAUCCGGCACAGCCUGGUGCCCAGCGGCAGUAGCCCCUCCGGCAGUUCUUCUGGUGAGCCCUUCUCCGAUUCGGCCUCCCCGGUCCAGCGGGCGAUGGACAAGCGGGGGCGCAAGGCAUUGUCGGGCGACUUCUUCUCCGGAAAGGCAGCCGGGACCCACAGGAGAGGCAGCUGCCCGCUUAGCCCCAAGAGAGUCUCCUUCCAGCAGCUUCCAGCAGAAUACAGGACAGAGGUCCAUGAAGAGGUUUCUGCCGUCUACAGGAGCACUCACGACCCGCUCCACGAUGCGCCUCCGCUUCCAGUCUGUAAACAGUGCGAAAGACGCCUGCCCAAGCGCAGCGAGCAGCCCCAGUCUGCCGGACGACGUGUGGGUGUCCCCCAGCUCCAGCAACAUGAGCCGGUUUCCAGACUGCAGCCGCUCCGUCGGCUCUGGCACGGCACCGUGGAGGCUACUGGCAGAAAGUAGCCCCCUCUGUCCUCGGCACUUGGGCACGGUGCCCAGGCCUUUGGCCACGCCGUCCCUGCAGGGACAAGGCACAAAAGACUACAGUGAGAAGUACAAAGAGUAAUAAAUCUGUCAGGCUGGACAUGAGCGCUGGGCUCCGUGGGCUCCGUCCGGUCCGAGGCUACCUCUGGGGGAGAGCGGCGUCACUCUGCCUGUCCCACCCUCACCUGGGGCGGAGGCGGCGGCUGCGGAGCCAGGGCUCUCCUCCCCCCACCCGCUGCUUUCUAGUAUUGACCUGUGGCGGAGCACCCUCCUCGCUGCCCGGGGGGCACCUUGGCUUUAGUCAGCCAAGGGGAAGGAGAAGCUGGGGGGCGUCUUGCCUCCGAGAAGAAUCAUGGCCAUCCAGCAUCUGGGUGAAAAAGCAACA